AUGGACUCGAACUCUUCGAGCUGGAUGGCUCUGCCGAGUGCAAAAUGGACCUCCUUUGAUCCCUGGAACUAUGGGGGGAUGAAGGAGCGACUCGAAGAGUUUAUCGCAAAGCUUGACACUGCUGUUUUGGUGGACCAUGCGCAGCAGAUUCUCGUACAAGCCGUGACACUCAGCAAACCCUUCUCAGCGGGACAAUAUUGGAUUUGCUUUGAGCUUGUUGCCAAAGACAAACGUCUCGUCAUUGCACGGGUCCGCCUACCACGACAUCCUGACACGCCUUUGGCACUCAGCGACGAGGAUGAACAGUACGCCAUUGGCUGCGAAGUGGCGACGAUGAACUAUGUCAGAAAGCAUCUUCCAGACGUCAAGAUUCCCACAGUAUACGCCUACGAACCCGCUGGGUCGCAGUUGGCCUCUGCUCUCGGUGCCCCGUACAUGCUUAUUGAAGGCUUCUACGGGAACACACUCCAGGAUGUCGAGUUUGACAUCUUGGGCAAACUGGCAGCAGCACCCUUGGACGGGCUAGACAACGCCGGACCGUUCUCAAGUACGGCUGCAUACUUCAAAGCCAUCGCCGACUCCACAGUCAACAGGGAACAGCACGAGAGCAGUCGUCGUCCUCCUGGCGGCCGUCUCUCCUGGUCCGCAUUGGGCGCCUAUGUGUUUCACGACAUUGUAUACAACACGUCCGUCUACCCAGACAUGGAGGGCGAACGCUUCCCUCUCAACCACAUGGAUCUCGGCACCCAAAACAUUCUCGUGGACAGCGCGUUCAACUUUGUCGCCGUCAUCGACUGGGAGUUUGCCCAAUCGGCUCCCUGGGCCGUCAACCACUACCCAAUGCCCUUCCCGCUGCUCGACUCGGACGCGGAGAUCCAGGCCAUCUUGGCCGACCCGACGCAUCUGGCCUACGAAAACAUGUCGAGACAGGAGGCGGCGCGGGAAAUGUAUGUGAAAGGAUUUCGCGCCGCAGAGACGGCACUUCAGGAACAAGGCCGGACGCUGGCCGGCGGCUCCUUUGCAGACGUCUUGGACAGUCCUUCGUCGCGCAUCUACGCAUGCUUUACGCGUCUGGGACGGAUGACCAGUGCCGAUCAAGGCUUGGUGCAGGAGAUGGUACGGCUUGCAUUUGGUUUCGACAGGGAAAAGACAAAGGUUUACCUGCACGAUCUCGAAACGAAGGUUUUCGCAGAGGGAACGUCCAUACAGAAAAUUCAUGAAACAGACCUGGAGGAGACAUGUGUUUUUUGUGUGGCAAUGACAUAA